AAAAAAGUCCUGCCCACUUGGGACCUAACUCGCCUAACUGUUCAGAAGUUACAGCCUAAGCUGUACUCAAAGGUGGAUAAACUUGAAAGUAAACAUUCGAAAAAAUUUAAACCGUAAGGACUACAAAAAGAAUUCAAAGAAUAUUACAAUAAAAUUAAUUGAGAAUACCUCUGAAAAGUUUGCGAUUUAAAUCUAAAAAAAUGAGUUUUAAAUCUCAAAAUUUAAUUAAUAAAUCGCAACAUUUGAAUCGACAUAAAGAAACACACAAUGAUACAAAAGAAUAUGUAUGCGAAUAUUGCGACAAGCAAUUUACCUCUUCGAGAACUUGGAAACAACAUUAUAAAGACGUACAUUUUCAAGUUAAACCCUAUAAAUGCGGAACGUGUGAUAGAGCGUUUCAAUAUGAAUCGGAAUUGGGUCGUCAUGUUCUGCUUCAUGCAGAGAAAAAACCUUAUCAGUGUCAGUUUUGUGAAGAAGCAUUUACUCGAAAAGGGAAUCUAGAAAGGCAUACAGAGGCGAGGCAUACUAUUGAUAAAACUUUCAAAUGUAUCGUGUGUAAGACAUAUUUCAAAACUCAACAAGAUUUGCGUAAUCAUACAGACACGGAUCAUCCUGAAAGAAAGUACAAAUGUAACGAAUGUCCAUCUACAUUUACCCAUCAGAGGACCUUUAACGCGCACAUAAAUAUUAUACAUAAAAGCAGUAAAUCACAUGUUUGUAAGGUUUGCGGCAAAGGCUUUCGUACCAAACAUCACAAGGCCAGCCACAGUUUGGUACACAGCAAUAAAAAGUUUUUUGAAUGUUCGGAGUGUGGCAAGGGCUUCAAACAUAGAAACACAUUUAUUGUACAUUUGCGAAAGAAUCACAACAAUGACACCAGUGAUGACACCUGUAAGACGAAUGAAGAACAAACAGUUCAACGAAUUAUGGCCAUUCUUAAUGAAGCAGUUCAACAAUCUGAUGAAACUGAAACAUAAAACGAGUGUCAAUAAAGUGUUAAUUGGAGCGUAAAGGAAAUGUAAGAAAGGAGUAACGGAAACGUAAAUGAAACCCGAAUGAAAGAAGCGAAAAUUGGAACGUGGAAUGUAAAGGAAG